AUGAUGAAAAUAUUCUUUUUCUUUGGUCAACAAACUAAGUAGAUUGAAAGAAUAUAGAAACUCACAUCUAUAGCUCCUACUUAUGCUAAUUUUAAAAAGAUGAAUAUCUCAUUGGAUGAAUCACUAAGAGCAUUUGAUCAUCUUCAAGUAUUAAAUCAGCAUAAUUUAGACAAUUCACUCAAAUUAAUCAGCAAAAAUAGUCAAUAAUCUACUAACUUAUGUUCGUAAAGUACAUAAUAGAGCUAUUUUAAGAUCAAGAUAAAAUUUAAUAUCUCAUGUUCUUGAGAAUUUAUCUGAACAAGAGCAUGACAACCUACCUGCAUUGAUGGCAAAUAUCACUUACACCUAGGAUCCUGAGUAAUUUAUAAGUAAGGCUUGCGAUAUACUCAUCAAAAAAUCAACUGAAAUGAAUAUCAAAGCGAUAUCAAAUUGCGCAUAUUCAAUAGCUAAAAUAGCUAGAAAAAAUAUUUAAAUGGAUCUCUAAACAGAAAAAUUGAUAGCUUAUAAUGCUGCUUAACUUACAUUAAAAAAUCUAAUGCCAAUCAUUCAAUUGAAAAUAUCAGAUUGUAAUGAUGAAUAAAUAAUUAUGGAAACUUUGGUUGCCUAUUAAAAAUUAGAAAUUUAUGAUAUGCAUGAAUUCCUCUAUGAAUUGUUAAGUAAACUAGAAUUCAAAUAUUUUGGAAGAGUUGAAGCAUAAAUUAUUCAUACUUUAGCCAAAUCUGAUCUUGAAUCUCCUACUAAACAUCAAGUUAUCAGGUCUAUUUACAAUUGUUUUGAAGAUGCUGUUCAUUAAAAAAGGUUAAAUUUAUAAUCUAUGAUCGUUGGUUUGCAUGCAUUAUAGGCAACUGCGACGAAUGAUCUAGUGGAAAUGUGCAUGGAGUUAUAUUGUGAGGACUAUAAAGCAGCAAACAUCCAAGAUUUAUGUAUGAUGACGAGUGUGCUAUUCAAAAAGGGAAUAAUGUCGGGACCAUACUCAAGAUAAUUAACAGAAUCAUAUGAGGCACUAAAAUUAAGCAUAGAUAUUAAUGUUCUUAUGUACUUGAUUCCAAAUAUGUCAACAAUGAUUAAUCUUAAAUUGUUAGAGAAAAAAUUCAUAAAUUAAUUCUUGAUUAGUGUUAAAGUAAAUUAAUAUAUGUAUAAAUUAGAUCUUAAAUGAGAAAGGCAAAAUAAAUAGAAAUUUCUAUGAGAAUUUCAAGAGAGAAGCUCAUUAAAUUGAAAAUGAAGAGAUCAAAGAAAAGUUUAAAUAAAUAUUCCAUUUAAUUAAUAGAAAAUGA